AUUGGUACCAAGCGGUUCGGGGGGGAACAGUCAGGUGAUCGUGAGGUCCAACGCACCAUGUUGGAGCUUUUGAGCCAGCUCGAUGGUUUUUCCUCGGACGAAAAGAUCAAGGUUAUUGCUGCGACGAAUAGACCUGAUGUGCUUGAUCCAGCACUACUGCGCUCUGGCCGUCUUGAUCGUAAAAUUGAGCUGCCACAUCCUACUGAGAUGGCGCGCGCACGGAUCAUGCAGAUUCAUUCACGCAAGAUGAACGUAGACAAGGAUGACUCAAACUUCGAGGAACUUGCACGCUGCUGUGAUGAUUUCAACGGUGCUCAAUGUAAGGCGAUCUGUGUAGAGGCCGGCAUGCUGGCACUCAGACGUGAAGCUACCACAGUCAAACACGAAGACUUCAUGGAAGGCAUCGCUCUCGUCGCAGCUAAAAAAAAAGGGUCCCUCGACUACUAUGCCUGA